UUUUUUCUUGUGCAAUCAAUGUGCUUUUUUUUCUUUUCCCGGUAAUAAUCUUCAUAUUUCUCUAUAAAGGCAUUUAAAGUCCCUUUCUUCCACCCUUUUACUUUUAACAAAAUUCGUUAUAUCCACACAAUGGAUAGCAAAGCGUCUGAAAAGCAACAGGUGGACUCGUCCUAUAUCUCUGAUGAGAAAUUGAGCAACGAAAACUCUGAAAAGUAUCUUUCUGAGGGUAAUGAUGGUAAAACCGAAGAGGUUCAGACCUUUGGCGGUGAUACCGCCCUUGCUAAUGCUCCCUGGAAAUACAAGAUCAUUGCUUUAGUUACAGCACUUAUGUUUCCUUUCGGUUCUCAUUUCUCUGCUAGUGCUUUAUCUGCCAUGAAGUCUCGUCUUGUUGUGAACAUGGCCAUUAAUAACACACAGUAUGGUGUCGUAUCCGCGGCUGUGUCAAUUAUCAAUACUAUUUUCCCCAUUGCUGGUGGUAUAUUUAUUGAUAUUUUCGGUUCCGUCUGGGGUACACUUGCCAUUAAUUUCAUGAUUAUUCUCGGUGCCCUUCUUACUGCUAUCGCUGCCAAGUAUGAGUCGUACGCUCUUUUGGUGGUUGCUCGUGUUAUUUUCGGUAUCGGUAGUGGUUUGAUUGUUACCAUGCAAGAAUCUUUGCUUUCCAAAUGGUUCCGUACAAGACAUUUAUCCAUUGCUAUUGGUCUUCAACUUUCAAUCAGUCGUCUCUCCACCUUCUUGGGUACCCUUGUUGCUAAUGCUGUAGCAGAUGCUACAGGUGACUGGGUUUGGGCUUUCUGGUUAUCAUUCAUUCUUUGUUGUUUCUCCAUCAUCAUGAAUUUGAUCUAUGCACUUGUUGUUCGUCACUUGCAAGGCCAGGUUGUAUUGACUUCAGCUGAAAAGAUUGCCUUGAAAAAGAAGAAGACUUUCAAAUGGCGUUCUAUUUUCAAGUUCCCCCUCAUCUUCUGGCACAUUAUUCUCAUCGAAUUCAUUUAUGCUGCUGUUUGGUCUUCUUUCCAAACUAUUGCUACUGAUUUGAUCAAGAAGCAUUUCGGUACCGGUGAAAAGUUGGCUGGUUAUAAAGCUAGUGCCUCUCAAAGUAUUCCCAUUGUCGCUACACCUGUCCUCGGUUUCAUUAUGGACUUUUAUGGUUGUCGUGUCGUGAUUCUUUUGCUUUCUGCUGUCUUCUUAAUUCUCAGUUCUGGUUUCUUGGGUUGGACUUAUAUCGAGCCCACUGUUGGUAUGAUCUUUUACUCUAUUUCUCUUGCCUUUGGUCCUAUCUCUAUGAUUACUUCCAUUGGUAUGCUUUUGCCUUCUGAAUAUAUCGGUACCGGUUUAGGUAUGUACAAGGCUUCCAACAAUAUUGGUACUGCUAUUCUUGAUGUUGCUAUUGGUGUUAUUCAAGACAAGACCGCCAACCAAUCUUAUGUGAAGGUGAUGUUGGUCUUUAUGAUUUUGGCCGGCAUUGGUUUUGUAUUGAUUUGUGCACUUUGGUUCAAUCAGUUCUACUUUUAUGGUAAUCUUCUCGAAGUCAGACGUAGUAAGCGUGUUGAGCGUAUGGAAGAGAUUAACGGUAAAGAACUCGAAUAUACUUCCAGAGGUUUGGAUCCUUACACCGAUACACCUAUCAAGAAGCUCAGUUAUCCUAUUGUUGGCUUCUUUGUUGCUGCACUUAUUUCUGCAUGGGUGUUAUUCUUUGUUUACAGUAUCCACACAGGAUAAAUUAUCCCAUCUCUUUUUUAUUUAUUUCCCAUUUCUAUAUCAUGUUAUUUAACUUGCAUUACAAUUCUAAAAUUUACCCACCCCCUUCCAUAAUACUCAAACACUGGCUUGUUUGAAGAAAAAAAAAACAUCUUAUAGACAACAUGAACACAAACACAUUACUUACUAUCACCCCAACUCUUUAAUCCUAAUAAAAUUAUUUAUUCUAAAUAACUAUAUAAAAAAAA